AACUUGUCCAGACCACUCGAACGCCAAUUCUAAAAUCGUAGAAGCAAUGACUUCCAAAUUUGGCGACUUGUAGUAAAAUACAUCAGGGAGCAAUUGGGUGUGGCCUGUUACUGUUUAAGGGACUUGCUGUUCCCAAGGAAACCAUACUUUGACAGGCAUGUUUCUCAAUUUGUUGUUGUUGUUGUUGUUUUCCUGAAGAUUAGUAAUGGUGAGAGAUGAAAAAUUAAUUUCUAUUACAGUGAUAACUGCUCAACACUUGCCGUCUGUAGAUUUAACGGCUACUAGAGACGUCACUACACGGAAAAUGCGAAACUCGCUGCUAAAAGUGUUAAGGUUGAGUGCGGACUUACAAGUUUCUUUUAAGCCCUCGCAUGGCAGUACCAAUUUCAAUGAGCUUGUGAACAACAGCACGAAGAAAUCCCCAUGAAAUGUUUUCACUCUAUUGAACUAUUCUCACUAGCAAGAUUGUCACAAAUCCCUUUUGCUACAAACUUGAAAAGCGGAUGUAGAACUGUACGAGACACGCCCGCUCCGUGUAGAAGUUUUUCGGACGAAAAGCAGGGUGGGGCUAAAGCAACAUGGCAAGAGGAUUAAUAAUCUUUUAAUAAGAUUUAAAACAGUGAGACUCAAUGGGAGAUGAGCAAAGAGUCCCUAAAAGUCACGUUGGGGAUUGCGUGACAUCCUACAUGGGAUACUAGGAGUUGAAUUAUAUGACGUGCGCCUUACCGCUGUGGAACCGCAUUGCAGCAGUAAAUUCAAGAUGGCGAACGACGAGGAAGGAUCCGGCUAUCGUUGGUUAAACCAAUAUGAAAGAACUUGGGAGGUUAUUCAAGAAGAUGCUGAAGGUUCUCUUCAAACUGUGGUUGAUGAGAUUACACAGAGGACCAAGCGAAGAAGGCUCAUGGGAAGGAGUGGAAACAUUCGACUUGGCAUGAUGCGACAUGUGUUUGUUGUUGUGGAUAUGUCUCGAGCUAUGGAAGAAGCUGAUUUAAAACCUUCACGUCUUGCUUGUUCUGUCAAGGUACAGUAUAUAUCACCAUAAUAGUAGAAUUCUACUUGAAUACUAAUUUUAAUGCUGCUGCAAUCUGUUGGUUGAGCCAUCACACAUUAUCAGCCAUCAAACACUAAACUUUAAAAGCUCAGAAUUGUUGAAUGAACAAUGUGAGUAUGAGUACACAGCUACCAGGGGCAGAUCUAG